AUGCCUAACGCCUUGCUCUGGGACCUCAAUCUAGGUAAUGUCGAACUACGUGCCACUUCUCCGUUACCACCUCCAACAGUCGAGGAUGUCCACCUCCAACCCCCAGUUCCCGGGCAUAUAUCUUCUCAGGAGCUUAUACACUCAAUACCCAUUCUCUCUCCGACCUAUUCGAUCUUACCUUGA